GUUGCCAACGCCUACAACUAUUGCCACAAUGCGACCCAUAUUUGCGAUACGAGAAACAUGAGGCACUUUAUAUGCCACAUGGAUACCGAGCUGGCCAAAUAUGUGGCCACCAUUCCAGAUACGUUGACAUUGCGUACACUCAUCCUAGACUAUCAUAAUGAUUUUCGGCAUAUGCUGGCUGGCGGUGGUUUGACCACCAAUAGCAACGAGACCUUUCCAGCCGCCUCUCGGAUGCGUGAACUCAUCUGGGACGAGGAACUGGCGCACAUGGCGCGCAUACACGCCUCCACAGUAUCCUUCAAGCAUACCAUGUGCCGCUCCGUCGUGCGUUUUCCAAAUGCCGGUGAGGCUUUGGGUCUGGUCUUUGCAAGUUCAACAAGGCGUACCAUUAAAGAGCUGCUGGACUUGACGCUGGUGCCCAUGUUCGAGGAAUAUCGUGUUGCUGAGGACCCCGACAACCUGGUCAACGAGUUUGACUCCUCCAAGCACCAUGUGGUUGCCCAUUUUACGCUACUUGUCAACGAUCGAGUCUCAAGAGUGGGCUGCGCCUUUGUUGUAGCUUCUGGAUGCGAGCAAGAAGCCCGCGAAGGCUAUUGCUUCUUUUUGACCUGCCACUACGACUUCGUGAAUAUGGAGAAAUCGUUUGUAUAUAAGACGGGCGAUCCGGCAAGUCAGUGUUGCAUUUGGAGAGCCCCCUCCAAAAGCAAAAAGUUUAGGCAUCUUUGUGGCAACUCGGGAGCCAUAUUUCCCAUGGAUCAUGGCGAAUUGGACCAACAUCAAAGAAAUUUUAAUUUACAAAAAUGUUCCUGAGUAUUCGAAUUGUA